CCGUUCGUCUCCGUCAUGCCGAUGGACUGGUCGUGGGCCCUCCACUUCUGCCAGUCCGCCCUGACCACGGCCAUCCUCGACUCGGGAAUCGACGAGAGCUUCGUGCUGGUGGACGGCGCUGCCAUCCCUCCGCUGCGGAAGGACUCCGACGUCAUCGGCGCGGGCUACGUAUACAACUUUGCCACCGUGUCUCUCGACCCUGAUGUGGCCACGACGGCCUGCCAGGCCAUGCGCGACGUGCUCGUGUCGAGGGGUCUGCCCGUCGACGAGUUCGCCCCCGCGGCCAAGCGCGUGGUCUUCACUGGCUUGGACAUCCUCGGCGACGUCGGCAUCGUCCGGUGUAAGAUCGACAGGCUCUGCCGGUUGCGUCAAGCCCUUCUUGGUCUACUUAGGCGUGGCUUUGCAUCGCCUCUGGCCUUGUCAGCAGUGGUGGGUCACUGUGCUUGGGGUAUGAUCUCCAAUAGACCCAUGCUGUCGAUCUUCAACUCGGUCUACCGCUUCAUGGGCCUGGACUCCCGAGUGGCCGCGCCGCUGUGGCCGUCGGUCAUCGCAGAGUUGCGCGCGGCAGCCACCCUCAUACCGCUAUGGUGGGCCGACGUCAGAGCAGAGUGGUCGGCGACUACCUUCUGCAGCGACGCCUCCCCCUACGGCAUCGGGGUCUGCCGCAAGACCGUCGACCAGGAGGUCGCCGCGGCCGCUGGGCGCUUGUCUGACAGAUGGCGCUAUCGGUUCUCCGACGCCGUGCACGCCCGUGCGCGCGCUCUCGGGAUCGAGCCUCGCAUUGUGUUAGAAACUGCCGUGGACAAGAAUUGCCUCGAAGAAUGCAGCCACAGUCCGAGGCCUCCCAAGAUCCCCGGGGGCCCUCCGUCUACGGCAUCAUCGUUACAUCAACCAGCUGACGCUGCUUCCCUCGACGGCUUCGACGAAGUUCCCGACUCGAUCACGGCUUUCGACGGCUGGGCCACGAUACACAGUUCGCGUCACUCGAGGUUCGGCUUGGACAUUAUGCGAUACGAGGCGGAUGCUCUCGGGUUUGCGAUGCGACAUUCGGCUCGGUCUGGGCGGCUUCGUCAUCAUCGCAUCUUGUUCACCGUCGACAAUUUGGCUCUAGCACUUGCCGCUGGCAAGGGCCGUUCUGGCGCCCGAGGCCUUCGCGACCCUCUACGCCGUCUAUGCGCCCUGUCGGCGGCCUCGGGCAUCCGCUGCGCCAUUCGGUGGAUCCCCAGCGAGAGCAAUGUCGCGGACUCGCCGUCCAGGACCAGGACCCAUCCUGGGCCAGUGCUGCUCGCCCGAGGGGCCCUGUCGGUGCUGGAGUCAGCCGCCGUGUCGGACACGACCAUGGCCAACUACUGGGGCGCCGCCAAGAAGUUCGAGGAGUGGUGCCGCUGGACGUCCCAGACGUUCUCCACGGCAGCGGAGGUCGAUGCCAUCCUAGUUGCCUACUUCGUGAACCUCUUUCUGGACGGCUUCGACAGUGCCACGGGCCGUGUACUCAUGGCCUCUCUGAAGCACUACCUGCCCGCGAUCCUCGUUGGCAGGGCUCCGUGCCCACGGGCGGCUCGCGCCUUGGCAGGCUGGCGGAAGCUCGUUCCCCCACAGAUGCGACUCCCUCUGCCUCGAGCGGCGAUGGCGUCCAUCGUGGGCGUCCUGAUCUCGUGGAAGCUCUUCGGCAUGGCUGUGUUCAUCAGGCUGAUGUUCGACACCUACCUGAGGCCAAGCGAGGCAUGCCGCCUCGCGGCGGGGGGCGUGAUGCGACCUCGACCCGACGGCGCCCUGGGAUACGGCCACUGGGCCUUGAUCGUCAACGACGCCUGCUUCGACCGCCCUGGCAAGACAAGCGAGAUGGACGAGAGCGUGAUUGUCGACAACCAGACCAUCUGGCCGCUCCUGGAGGCCCUGGUGCACGGCAAGGGCCCGAUCGACGGCCUUUGGACCUUCGCCCCCGACGAGGUGCGGAGCAUGUUCCGUCGAGCGGCAGCUGCCCUCGGCCUGGGGGCCGAGUUGACUCUCUACCCGCUUCGUCAUGGGGGUGCGUCCGACGACCUGCUGUCGCUCAGGCGCACGAGGAAGGAGGUCAAGGACCGCGGCCGCUGGAGGACGGACCAGAGCCUCCUCCGCGACGCGAAGCGGGCCCGCAUGCAGCAGCGGAUCGCCAACCUAGGCCAGAACAUCGUCGAAUUCGGCGAGCAGGUGGACAGGCAGAUGAACGACCUCAUCAUCCAGACCACG